AUUUAAUAUAAUGCUAUGCUAUAUUAUUCUCUUAGGAUUAGAAGUAGUGCUAGGGUAAAUAUUAAAUACACCCACAUUCUUCAAUUUCAACGAUCAUAUUUCAACAUUUAUAACUUCAAAAAAUGAAUCAAAUAUAUCAAGUACUCAUAAUUGUUUGAUUGUGCCAUGUACUGUUGUUCCAAGACAAUAAAAUUGCAUGGUUAUUACAAAACUUACUUAUGGUGGAGAUUGCUAUACAAGACCAAUCCAAUCGAGUUUAAACUUCACAACUGAGGAAGAUGUAGUAACUUUAGAAUUUGCUUACUUUGCUGCUCAUCAUCCUUAAUCAAAAAGUCCAUAUACAGGAAUUGUCAUAGGUUGGACAAAUGAUGAUGAUGAAUUUUACUGGAUUGCUGCAGAGGAUAUCAAAUUAAUAACAUCUGGAGUAAACUAAACAAAUAAAUAUGCUUAAUUUGUUACUAUAAACAGUCUUGCUGAAAAUAUAUGGACAAAAGUAUAUAAAUACUAUAAUUAUAGGUUAGGGUUCAUAUAAGACCUAAUUCAACAAAACCAUUUCGAGUGAUCUUUGAAGCUUUUUCUGCAGCUACUGAUUUUGCAGGUUAGUUUUUGGUGACUAAUAUAUCAAUAUUUGAUAGAGGAAUCUGUUCUGAGGGAUGCAGCAGUUGUUUAUCUUAUUCUGAAUGUACAUCAUGUGAGAAAGGAAGACUUUAUAGAGGAGUUUGUGUAAAUGAUUUCUGCUUUUAUGAUGCUGGAACUAUUACUGCUAAUAAAAUCUCUGUUGGAUGGAUUUCAGAAUAGAAUGCUUUGUAUGGUAUAGUCUUAAAGAAUAUUAAAAUACGUGAAUGUCAUAUGGUCAAAUUUAUUAUGAACAAAGCCAAUAAUAAUUAUAUUGAUGGUUCAAAUCCAAAUUUGGCUAUCUAUUAAUAUGGCUUUAAAAUUUUUGAGAAUACUUUAAAAACUGCUGGUUGUUAAUAUUCAGAAAAACUUCCAAUUUCUAACUAAGCCGGAUAUUCAUGUCUUUUUGAAUUUUUCUUGUUCUUAAACAAUACUUCUGUCGAUUUAGUAAAUAUAACUUGGACAUAAGAAUUUUAUUAUCCAAAUGACAGUAGUAUUAUUGUUGCAGGAGAUAUUAAGGCUGAUUAAGUUGAAUUUGGAGUUUUGGCUUAAUCAAUUUAACUGAAUGAAGCAUCUACAAAAGUAGAAGGGAAGAUACUUUUAUGUUAAAGCUCAUCCUGUAGAUCAUUUUACGAAGAACCACAAGUAUUGUAUUUAAAUGAACCAUUUUACAUUCUAGUAAUGCUUGACAACAAAUACAUGGAUUUUGGAGCAGAUUUUAAAUUUCAAUUAGUUAGUGCUAUGGUUCUUGGAAAUGGCACAUCUAUAACUUUAAGGACAGGAAAUGAAAAAGAAAAAAAUAUGACUGCUACAAUUUAUACAUUUAAAGUGCCAGCAGCUGUUUAGAAUUGCACAAUAUCAAUCACAGCUUAAUUAGUUGAAAGAGAUUUAGAAGAUAACUAUCCAUCAGAAAGUAGAAGAAUACUACUAAGAAGACUUUUAUAAUCUCCUAACUAAACAACCUAAAGUGCUAAUUCAGGAUAUUCUGUAUCAGGUAAUAUAAAAGUUGAAAGUAUUGAGAUUUUGCCAUAUUGGAAGGUAUAUCCAAAAGAUGCUCCUUAUAUUAUCAUAGGAGUUUCAGCUGGUCUAGUAAUUAUGGCAAUUAUUGUGUAUUGUGCUUGUUUGACAUUCAAUUAGACUAGAGGAACUAAUAAUAGCUCUCAGAGAAAUUAUGCGAUCAAUAAUCUAACUUUAGUUGAGGAUUAAAAAGAAAUAGAGGAAAUAAGACGCAUUUUUUCAGAAAAUAAUAAGAAUAAUGGGUAGCAAAACUGAAAUUGAUUUAUUAAUACA